AUGCCUUCUCGUCGCUCUAAUUCAAGAGAAAGGUCGCGGGAUAGAUCAAGGGACCGCUCAAGGUCUCCGGAAAGACGUGUCCAACUUCCAAAUUCUGCGUUGCCCAUCACAGAGGCUGACUAUUUCCAAAAAAGUGACGAGUUCAGAUUGUGGUUGAAGAAUGAGAAGGGAAAAUAUUUUGACGGCCUAUCUGGAGAGAGAGCGAGAAAUUAUUUCCGGAAGUUCGUAAAGGCAUGGAAUAGGGGGAAUCUUUCCAAGAACUACUACGUCGGCAUUGACCCCAUGUCAAUACCAGCGACGACAAACACGGCUUACAAGUGGUCUUUUGCUUCCAAAAGAAAUCGGGCAGAUGAUGAUGCUCUCCAAGCUGCUCGGGAGCAAGUAAGCUCUGCAACUUAUGGUCGAGAAAUCUCGUCGCACGAAUUGGGAUCGAGUUCACGAGCGAGCGGUUCGAGUCGGGUCAAAGGUCCGACUUUGCCAUCUGCUUCCGAUCUGACGCUCGCUCGGGAGAUGAACGCGGAACAACAGGACGAAAUGAGGGCUUAUAAACGGAAACGGGAUAAAGCUGAGGCUAAAGAGCGAGUUGAGGAUGCGGUAGGGCCUAAAGAGGUUGGAAGGGAGGGUAUGCUUGAGAAGAAACGAGCAAAGAGGGAAAAUGAUCGGGCUUUUAGGGAGAGGGGGGACGAUGGGCUAGAGCUUGAUGAAUCAACUUUGCUGGGUGGAGGUGACAGCUUCAAGGAUCAGAUUGCAAAGAGGGAUGCGGCAAGGAAACGCUUUGAAAACAAGAAAGGAGAUGAGAGGGAAGCAGCAACACGAGAACGAGCCAAUGUCUUCAAAGAGAAGGAGAAGGCAACGAUGGACAUGUUCCAGCAGCUCGCGAAGCAGAGAUUUGGUUGA